GUUGAAGCACUUCUGCCCGGCCUCCUUCCCGUCGUGCACCGCGCUUUCCGGCUUUGUCUCUCUUUCCUUCUUCCGUCCUCAGACUGCGGCCUUAGAGGGCACGAGUGGGCUUGGUUGGCGGGCCUUGGCAGGAUGUUGGCUUCUAGGGCAUGCAGCCUUAUCGGCAAGCGGGCCAUUUCGACUUCAGUCUGCGUGAGGGCUCAUGGGCAUGGUGUUGCAAAAAUCGAGGACUACACCUUGCCCGUUUACUUUGAUCGUCGGGAGACUCCUUUACCUCCAAUUGACUAUUUGAAAACUCUCUCUUCCGAGCAGAAGGCCCUGAAGGAGAAGGAGAAGGCCUCCUGGGCUUCUCUUUCAGUUGAUGAGAAGCUUGCGUUGUACCGCAUCAAAUUCCACGAUAGCUUCGCUGAAAUGAACAGGGGAUCGAACGAGUGGAAGACUUGAUGCGUCGUGAGUGCUGUUCUUAAAUUAAUAGGCUUCACCGCCUUCAUUGUGUCAUCACAGCAAAGGAAAUACUAGAAGUAUUUAAUCGCGGG